AUGCAUUGCUUCUCGCGACAUGUACGUAUGCCGCUCAUCGCUCUUAGCGUCGCUCUCGCGCUCGAUCAAAACGACCCGACGCUGCCAACCAAGUCGGGUGUCAAGACGUGGGUCGACGUCGAGACGCCCGCCCAGUUUCACACGAUGACGAGCUCUCGAGGCGACAGGUGGGACUUGGUCAUGAGCGACGAGUUCAACUUGGCUGGACGCGACUUUACCGCCGGCCAUGACCAUCUCUGGGUCGCCCUCGACAUGCCCGACGGCGUCAACCGCGCCGUGGGAACAUAUGCGACCGAAAAUGCUUUCACGGCCGACGGCGCAUUCCAGAUCCGCGUCGACUCGGUCGAGACCAACAUUACAUACUUUAACGUGUGGGCCGACGUACCUUCGUGGCAAAACAAGACCAUGUACUACCGGGCGGGGAUGGUGCAAACGUGGAACAAGUUUUGCAUCCAAGGCGGGUUUGUCGAGAUUGCGGCCAAGCUACCGGGGGCCAUUAACCCCGAGUCCAUGAACCCCCACGUGACGGGAAAGCUCUGGAACUCAACCCUCCAACGCAGCGUCCCCGUCAAGCCGCUUGACCGCAUUCCCGACCUCAAGUUCUACCCGACGUGGCCAGGUCUCUGGAUGAUGGGCAACCUCGGUCGUGCGCUCUUUGCGGCAUCGACCAACCGCAUGUGGCCGUGGACGUACAACGAGUGUGACGAGCGGUACCGGACGUCCCAGCGCAUAAGCGCCUGCGAUCCGAACCCCGGCUACGGCUUGCACCCGAACAUGGGCCGUGGGGCGCCCGAGCUCGACCUUGUGGAGGGAGGUGGCAGCGACAUUUCAUCAUCACUGCAGUUAGCACCAGGUAUGCCAGAAGAAUAUCGGUUGUUUCCGCCCCAGAUCAAGUACGAGGGUGUCAACAACACGGACGCCAAAGGCCGGCGCGGCAUUGGGUCCACGUUGUGUCUCUACGGCCAAACCUGCUUGACACCCGGUGCCAACAUGGUCGACAUUCCGACGUCGGUGUACGCGGCCCGCGGACACAAGUCGUGGUACCAAGGUCUCCGGUACGCCGCCAACAACCGGUGCACGCCUGUCGAGGCCCAAAGGCAGGCAUAUGCGUCCGUCGCCGCGGCGCAAAAUGGUACGAUCGACGACAACCAGUUUGACAUCAAGACCAUCAGCGCGGGGCCCGCUGCACUGGGGCAUCAACUACAAUGGCACGUGCUUUCCCGUCUCCAAUGGCUACACCGGGUCGUUCCUCUGCGACCGUGA